AUUAUCAUCAUCCUGUUUUCAGAUCAGGAAAGUGAGUCACAGUGAGUCACAGUGAGCUUAAGCGACCUGCCCAAGAUCUGCUUUUCUGUUUUCUCUUGGCUGUGGCAAUCUGUCUGAUGGUCAUUAUAAUAGCAGUUCACUACCAACACAAACAAGAGAACCACAUGUAAAUUUUGUGGAAGGUUCACCAAAUUUAUCAAAAGGUACUGUAGGACCACUGGCCUCAUUCUGUACUUGAUCAUCAUCAUCAUCAUCAUAUCAACAGCCUCAUUUCUCAACCAAACCAACCACAGGACCAUUGCCAGCUCCAUAGGAUCCAUUGUCACCAAGAGCCCAUUUACUACAACUUUUAGUAAUAUUUUAUCUACUGAGGAAAGCACAGAGGAAUGGAGUCUGUGUCAACCCCUGUACUAGUUGGUGGACUUGUUGAUUGUGUAGCCCAGUUAGUUAGAAUAGCUGAAGAGCUUCUACGGUUGAUUUCACAAGAACCAGUUCCUUGUGAAGAGCAAGAUGACAGAGCAGAACAGAUAGAAACAGAUGCACCUCUUUCCGAGGAAGCUUCACUACCAGACCUUGCUGAUCUCCCAGACUUAGAAUCGAUACUUACACAAAGAGAAGACGAAGACUUAACCUUUGAUACAGAUCAACCUAUGUUAGACACAGAAUUAUAUGAAGAAGCACUCUCUAGUAUUAACAAUGACUUAAGUAGAUAAAACCUCAUUUGCCUCCACCAGCAUGUGAAAACUGAUCAUUUC